AUGGAUACUCCAACACGCAAACUGCAUGACGCAUUGCCUUGGACACUACUGUACGCCGAUGAUGUCGCGCUAUCUGAGAAUGCUGAUGCUUUACAAAAUAAAUUGUCACAGUGGGCUAAGGUCCUGAAAACAAAUGACUUACGCAUAAGCAUACAGAAAACAGAGCAUGUCACUUACGCUUUUAAUGAUAGUGAGCAGAUCCCAAAAUUUCCUAUCGAAGCUGAAGCGAUACCCACGUCUGAGAGUUUCAAAUAUCUUGGCUCCAAUGUAAGCGGUGAUUGCUCACUAGACCGCGAAGUAACGAACCGCGUACAAGUUAGCUGGCAUAGUUGGCGCGCAAUGUCAGGAGUCUUGUGUGACAAAAAUAUGCCAAUAAAAUGCCAAGGCAAAGUUUAUAAAGCUGAAGUUAGACCUGCAAUGGCAUAUGCCUCAGAAUGGUGGCCGCUUUCUACUAAACAGGAACAAAGAAUCCAUGUGGCGGAGAUGAUAAUGCUGCGAUAG